AUGACUAACACCAAGUUUGUUGGCAUGAUGCUUCUACUGAAUGCAGUUCUACCUCAUCUCAACACCCUUAGCAAGGUGUUCCAAAAAGAUCACACAUGCUACACCUUCAUCAGACCUGCACUUGAGAGCACCAAAUCCAGAAUUUCUGAAAUCCAGUCCUCCUUUGACCUUGUUUUUGAGUUGCAAACAGCCAUUCAGCCUAGUGGGGACUAUGCUUCUUUGGAACUGGAGCUUAAAGAUGAUGGCCAGGUAGAAGCAUUCUUGAAAAAUCUUGUAGUUAACUACAUGACUGCCCUCGAGAGGAACCUAGAUAUAAGAUUGCAAGAGGCAGCACCCGUUCUUGAGGCAUUUUCCAUCUUCGAUUCAAGCUGCCUUCCAAAGCCAGAAGACCCAGCCUUCAAGAAGUAUGCUUUGGAUGAAGUAAAAAUGCUGUGCAAGCAGUUCCAGUUUGACAAAGAUCACACACUUGCACAGUGGUACAACUUCAAGUACCUGAUGUCAUCAUGGAAGGUACCCUCUGCUGUUCUCCGGGGAAAAGAUGACCAUUCUCCAACUGAGUUCAUUCUAAGAAAAGUUGUUUAA